GAAAGCCCUACAAUUUAAGAUCAGCGGACAGCAGGCUCUGGGUUAGGCGACACCACCCGGGUCGCUGACAGGGCUGCAGACGGGAUCUCCAAGCGCUGGCAAACUUAGCAGUCCCCAACUCCUGAGGGGCGGGUCACAAGGCCCCUUAUUCGCGGCGCCCACGCCCGCGCUUACUGCGCACGCUCGCACGGAGGCCAAGGAGACCGGGUAGCAACACGCCUCGCGGCUCCGCGCCGGCCAAUCAGCGCGGCCGAGGGAGGAGCUUGUUGGACUCCCGGGAGGCGGGGAACGACUUCCGGCAAUAUUGCGUUUGCGACGCCUUCUGUGUACACCCAGGUCGCUGUGCGUCAGGUGAGGGCUACAGGAGAACCAUGCCAUUUCUGGGUCAGGACUGGAGAUCUCCGGGGUGGAGUUGGAUUAAAACUGAAGAUGGCUGGAAAAGAUGUGACUCCUUGAGUCAGGAGCUUGAGAGAGAGAACAGCCAGUGCACUGUCACUCAUGGCCUUAUCUUAAAUAGUGAAGAUGAAAUAUUCAGUAAUGAAGAGUGUGAAUAUGCAUCCAAAAAAAGGAAAAAGGACCAUUUCAGAAAUGACACAAACGCCCAAAGUUUUUAUCGUGAAAAAUGGAUCUAUGUCCAUAAAGAAAGCACAAGAGAAAGGCAUGGCUAUUGUACCUUGGGAGAAGCCUUUAACCGGCUAGACUUUUCAAGUGCGAUUCAGGAUAUCCGAAGGUUCACUUACGUGGUCAAACUAUUGCAGCUAAUUGCAAAAUCCCAGUUAACAUCAUUGAGUGGUGUGGCGCAGAAGAAUUACUUCAACGUUUUGGAUAAAAUCGUUCAAAAGGUUCUUGAUGACCACCAGAAUCCUCGCCUGAUCAAAGAUCUUCUGCAAGACCUGAGCUCUACCCUGUGUAUCCUUAUCAGAGGGGUAGGAAAGUCAGUGCUAGUAGGGAACAUCAAUAUUUGGAUUUGCCGCUUAGAAACUGUUCUUGGCUGGCAACAACAGCUACAGAAUCUUCAGAUGACUAAGCACGUGAACAGCGGCCUCACCCUCAGUGACCUGCCCCUGCACAUGCUGAACAACAUCCUGUACCGCUUCUCAGACGGGUGGGACAUCGUCACUCUGGGCCAGGUGACACCCACCUUGUAUGUGCUCAGUGAGGACAGGCAGCUGUGGAAGAAGCUGUGUCAGUACCACUUUGCCGAGCAGCAGUUUUGUAGACAUUUGAUCCUUUCAGAAAAAGGUCAUAUUGAAUGGAAGUUGAUGUACUUUACACUUCAGAAAUAUUAUCCAACUAAAGAACAGUAUGGAGAUACCUUACAUUUUUGUCGGCACUGCAGCAUUCUUUUUUGGAAGGACUACCACCUUGCGUGGUUAUUCAAGGACUCAGGACACCCUUGCACUGCAGCUGACCCAGACAGCUGCUUCACGCCUGUGUCUCCACAACACUUCAUUGAUCUUUUCAAGUUUUAAAGGCAGUCCUCACCACUGUCCUUGUUGGACACUACACACUGUGCUUUCUGUGUGGUAGCUGGUAGGAGAUGUUUCCUGUGACCAAACGCUGCCUCGGAGUCUGAGGGCCUCACUUCCUGAAGGAACAUGAGAAACUGCCCUCAUCCGCCCCGUAGUGGGAAGGCAUUGUUGGACAUUGCUGGACAUUGCUGUCUCUGAAGGAGUCAGGAGACCCAAGCAAAUCAUUUCUAUUUCUUUCUUUAAAUCUUCUCUUCUUCUAAGCACAUUAAAAUUUGCAAUUUUGUAUAUUUACAAAUACAGAUCAAAAAAGCUUUUGGAUUUUCAGCCCUACAUUCUGUGUUGAACUGACACAACCAACCAAGACUAUGCUUCAUAGUUGCUAAAUUACAGUUUUCAAUCUUAUAGUAACCGAGGUACAAGAUAGAACGAUUGAUCCUUGUAAAUACAUUGUACAGAAUAUUUAUUUUUCUUAAAACGUGAUUUCACACCUGCAGUGGCUGUACCCAUAUAAGUCCUCCUUGGUGACUAGGGCGAACCUAGGGAGACACUGGGUGUUUUCAUCUUGGUAUUAACUCCCUGGGCUGUGAACUGUGCCAACUCUCUGUAGCCGACAACUGUUGGUCUCUGUUCCUGGGCACCCCUGCGGCCAGGCCCAAACCCCAGAUGGAGCCUCUGCUGAGGGAGGGUACGGCAGCCCAAUGAGGCCUGCGCUGAGCUUGGGUAGAGGGCGCGGCUAGAGACAAGUGACAAACAUCCGUCUGUUGAUCCCGCUUUGUAUGUCUUGCAUCUUGCUGAGAGAAGUGGUGUUGGUGGUUUUGAUAUCAUUUAAGCCUUCAAAAGACUGUCUUAUUUUUUAAAUAAUGCAUGUCCAUUUUAGAAAGUCUUGAAAAUAAAGGUAUACCAAAAAGAAUUUAAAUCACCCAUAAUUUCACCAUGUAAAGAUAACUUGUACUUGCUCAAAAUACGAGAAAGUGCCCCUCAGCAUUUGUACUGUAAAUAUGUUUCAUGGUAUACUUCAUCUUUGAAUGGGUUGGGUUUCCUGACAGAUCAUUUAAAACCUUUCUUCUAAACAUACUAAAAUUUGUAAGUCUGUCAGUUUGUAAAUGUAAAUCAAAAAAGAUUUUGGAUUUGCAUCCCCAUCUUUUGUACUAACAGACACAAAUACUAAGAAUUACACCUUCGCUCAGAUGCAGCACAGACAGCAGGGCCUCUGUGUGAAUCCUGGAGUAAGUUCUUCAGAUACCAUCAACAUCCUGUCUGCUGAUUUAUGACCAGGAUCAUCUUCCUGCAUCUUACACAUGACUGAAAACACGGCUUCAUUGGCUGCAGCUCACGGGAUGGCGGAGCCACAUCUGAUACGUUACGAGUAUUGGUGACUGAGUGGGACCAUUGCACACCCGCUCUCAUGGCACCAUAGUGAUAGGUCACAUCUGUCACGGCUUUCAGUGUGUUUCUAGGUCAGCAGCCUUUCAGAAAGGGAGAAUAUUACAUGUCCAUUUUUCUUGCAAUAUGGAUACAUGUUUCAUGGUAUACUUCAUCUUUGAAUGGGUUGGGUUUCCUGACAUCAUUUAAAACCUUUCUUCUAAACAUUUUCAAAUUUAUAAGUCUGCCUGUUUGUAAAUGUGGAUCAAAAAAGAUUCUGGAUUUGUGUCCCCACCUUUUAUACUGAACAUGUGUACCGCUUAUUGGUGCUGUUUUAACAGCUGAAAGCUUGGGUGUAUGGUUCGUUUACCCCAAGAUGGGGCAUUUCCUCUGUAUUUAUUUAUUGUAAGGUGAGACAUUUCGUUUGUGUAUUCAUUGGCUACUUGUUUUCUGUGUGCUCUUUGCCUGCUCUCUUCUGGUGUCUUGUCUCUUUCAUAUCAAUUGCUUCUUAAAAGGAUAUUAACCUCUUCAAGUUACAGUUCUUUUCACCAAUGGGUUAUAACCUUUUAACUGUUAUGAUGCUGUUUGUGCUUUGGAGUCACACAUAUCCACAUGUAACUUGUAUAAAUUGAACAAUUCCUCUCUGAUAAAAGUAACCACACUCAACACCUUUAGGCAUCAGGGAAAACACAUUUAGCUGUUAGGGAAACACAAAUCAAAACUACAUUAAGAUUCCAUCUCAUGGCUGUGAUCAAGAAUACAAAGAACAGCAAAUGCUGGCUAGGGUGCAGGGAGAAAGGAGCUCUUCUGUGCUGCUAGUGGGAAUGUAAGUACAGUCACUGUGGAAAUCAGUGGGGAGGCGCUGCAGAAAACUGAAAAUAGGGCUGCAAGUGACCCAGCUGUACCCUCAUUGGAAUAUCCGUGAAGGAAUUAAAAUCACCACAUUAUGGGGAUACCUGCAUACCCAUAUUUAUUGCAGCACAAUUCACAGUGGCCAAGACGUGGGGCCAGCCCAGGUGCCCACUGAAUGGGUCAAGAAAAUAUGGUAUGUCUACACCAUGGAGUAUUGUUCAGCGGUGAAGAAUGAAAUUAUGUCUUUUUGCAGGAAAAUGAAAUGGGAGAUUGCCCUGUUAAAAUAAGCCAAGUACUACAUUUUUUCUAAUACGUGGAAAUCUUAAGAAAAAGAAAAAAAAGCCAUACUGAGAGUGUAGGGAGGACCCAGCCACUCCUCUCCUGCACACAUGGAGCUGGGGAGUGACCCCUACCUGCAAUGUGUGUUAGUGCAGCCCCACAGGAGAGCAGAGGACAUGGAGCAGGGCAAGACUUGUUCUUGUCACCAGCAGGAGGCUGCAGAGUCAGAGGACAAAGACAAGGGUAAGGAGAGCAGUGCUGAGGUGUGGUCACUUACAGAUGCAUUUGAAGGGUACUUGAGAACACAGGUUCUGUUAGAGGGCCUCAGAAAGGACGCCCCACCUUCACUGGAUAGACUUCUGCAGUGAAGCGGGCUUUCAGGGCCCCAAGAGCCCAUGGCCAGAAGGGAGCACUUACAGCUGCCCAACCAGGCCCAGAGCACUGAUGUCUGUUGACAGCCAGUUGCAACUUCCCUUUGUCAAUUUUAAGAUUGAGAAAGAUUCAUUUCUCACCUAAUUUAUAAAUACAUGUGAGCCAAAAAGGGCCAGGUGUCUGCCUCUCUACACCAGGGCAGGGUGAGCUUCGCAACAGCCUGCUGUCUGCCUUCUGUGUACAGAUUGUUCAGGCCUUACACAGAAACUGGUCUGCUUCACAGCCGUGUUUAAGGGCCCAACUAUGCAUAAUUUUUGCCUAAAAUGUUUUUAGAAUCAAAUUUAUAUAAGCUUAGGGUAUUUUGAUCUUGUAUCCCACAACCUUGCUGAAAUAUUUUUGUAGAAUCCUUAGGAUUUGCUAUAUACUAAAUCAUGUCAUCUGCAAAUAGACAUGGUUUUACUUACUGCUGUCCAACUAGAUGCCUUUUUUUUCCUCUUUGUUUUGUGAUAGUUUUUGGUAUUUUGAGACAGGGUCUCUCCAUCUAGUUUGGGCUGGCCUUGAACUCAGAACAUAGCCCAGGCUGGCCUCAAACUCCAGGAAAUCCUCCUGCCUCAGCCUCCCAAUCGCUGGAAUUACAGAUCUGUGCCACCACAUCCGGAUCUUUCGCUUACCUAACUGCUGGCCAGAACCUCCUGCACUGUGCUGAGUAGCCAUAGCAAAAACCGGCUCCUUGUCUUCCUGAUCUUAAGACAGUGUGAGGGGGCUCGGCCUGACACCAGCCUGGCCAGCACCUUAGCAUCCCUGUGUCCCCAGUGGCCUCAGCUGACCUGUGUCUGCUGAAACAGAACUGUGCACCCAAGCAGGCUCCGCCUCAUCUCCCUACCCUGUCUGCACAGAGGAAGAGGCCCCCCUGCUUUGGACAGGUAUUCUGCUGGCCCUAUCCUGCUCCUGUCUGUUUUUCUAGUUCUUUAAGGUGUAAAUGUAAGCGGUUGAUUUGAGAUCAUCUAUUUCAGAUUUCCUUUUACCUCCCCUUUUGCUGCAUCCCGUAAGAUUUUGUGUAUUUUUAUUUUAACUUGUCUCUAGAUAUAUUUUAAUGUCCCUUGUUUCUUUGAUCCAUUGGUUAAGAGUGUGCUUAAUUUCCAGAUUGCGGACUUUUUACUUUUCCUUCUGCUAUUGAUUUCUAGUUUCACCCCAUUAUGUCCAGAAUACAUUUCAUUAUUUCAAUUUUUUGAGAAGAAGUGAGACUUGUUUUGUGGUCUAACAUGCUGUCUAUGUGGGAGACUCCAUGUGCACCUGGAUAGUGUGGGCUCACUGCUAGUGGUGCACUGUAUGGGGGUCACAGCCCCUUCCUGACCUGGGUGCCCACUGCUGAGGGGGACGCUGGGGUCCCCUCAUAUCAGGCUUCCCUACCCUUCGACCCUGUCUCCAUCUCCCUUGUUGCACCUUGUAAGCUCUGGUGCUUAGUAUGUGUCUACUUGUUAUAUCUUCUUGGUGAGUUUUCAGUGUUUUUAAUUUAAACAACAAGGAUGAAGUUACAGAUGUCUGGGAUUUACUUCAGCAUAAUUCAAAUAAGACAGGUCAGGAGUUGACCACGGCUGGAAGUACAGGUAUGCACACCGUGUAUGGGAUCCACACACUUGUUCUGCAGAAGGGUAGACAGUAUUUGCAGACCCACAGUGCAGCCACAGGCUGUCCAUGCACAGGAGCCACUCAGCUGCAUUCCCAGCUAACCGGAUGCUGAAAUGUGAACUUCAUGUUCUUUUAUAGUCCCUCACAAUUUUAAAAUGUAAAACUGUUCUGGGCUUUGCAAAAAAAAGUCACAGGCCAAACCUGGCCCACAAGUUGUAGUCUGCCAGCUCUCCUUGUCCUUAUCUCUUCUUUGGUAUAUGUUUGUCAUUUUCAUUUAAAAUCUUGCAUGAUUUUAAAGUACUUUUGUAAUUGUUACAUUUUUACUGCAAAACUAGUGUAUUCUCUUUGUAAAAAGUUUUCCUAAGGGCCAAAACAAAAAAAAAAAACUAAGAAUAUUACUCAUAAUUGCACAUCAGGAUAAUUACUCAUAAUUGAUAACAGCUUUCACGUGUUUUAUAUGGCUUUUGAAGAUUCAUAAUGUAUUCCCAAGUGAGAGAAGCAGUACACACUGGGACAUACCACCCUCCUCCUGCACAGACCCAGAGCUUCGGGCAUUGUGUGUAUCUCCCAAAGGGAGAGGCCAUGUGACCACCUGUCUGGAUCCCAGAGAAACACAUUUUCAUGUGCAUCUGCAGGGGUCUUUGCAGAUUGUUUACUGAAAAAAAGUUACCAUCUCAACUUAUAGCACCAUUGGAAACCCUAGACUCUAAACGUGAAAGAAAAGAGUCAUUUCUCAAAAAGAAGAUGAAAAUAAAGCAAAUGCUAUCUCAUAUCA